UGCUCCGCGGCAUCCCAUUGGAUACUGUACCCGUUCGUGUUCCGCGAUUGGCCGGUCGGGCUGGUUGUCAAGGCUUUGGGGCUUCAUUCACCAUUUUGCGACUGUAGUGUAGAAUGUACAGGGCAGUAGUUUUUCCUCCUUUUAAGUUGCUUUGCCGGAGAAACAUGAACGGCCGUUAAUUGGCAACCGUGGACGACUAACCAUUCUGCCCUAUUUUCCCAGCAGACUCCAUAGAGAUUUACACUGGGGGACUCUCAGCUCCGAGUCUGCGGAAUAAGGUGGGAAAGCGCUGGAGUCGCAGAACGAAGACAAGACAGGAUGAGAGAGAGAGGCCCCGGCAGAGGAGGAAAAUAGAGAAAAAGGAAAGGAGGGGGAACAAGAAAAAACAAGGCACAGUGAGGAACGCCAAGGAGAAUCUGGGAUAAAUAAAUAAAAGAUUUGUUUGGAGGAAAAAGGGAGGAAAAGAAAAGCUAGAUGAAAAGAUGAAGCCGAUAAAGAAACAAGGCCGGCGCUCUCCCCCCUCCACCCGGGCCAAAGGAGGGAAGCGUCGUGGAGCAGGGGACACCCCCGAAGGAGGAGAGAAGAGGGACUCAGAUGAGCACAGAGACAGAAGCAGAUCCCCCAAAAACCAAACUCCUUCCUCCUCAUCUUCUUCCUCUUCUUCACACUCAGAGUCCUCCCAGGAGGAGCCUGUCAGAACACAGGCCACUUUAGAGGGGGAGGGGCUUCACAGAGACAGCCAAAGGCUGUUGGAGACAACAGCAGCAGUUGUGAUGGAUUCUGGGAAAUUGGCGACAUCCAUGGAUGACAGAGUGGGGAGGUCAGCUGUGGGUGGUGCCAGCCACAGUGACAGUGGCGGUAACAGUAGUAGCAACAGCAGCACACCCAGCGCUAAUAACAGCCCAAAUCCCGCCUCCAGCCGGAAGACGGCCACCUUCAAGGCACGUGUGCCCAAGAAGAAGUACACCUCUGAACACUGCUCGUCUGCUGCUGCCGGUAGCCAUAGCAACCCUGUCUCCAGCACGCCCACACCCCCUCCUCUUCCUCUGAGUGGCGGAGGGCAUAGCGUCAUCAGCCAGGGACUGACAGGGACAGGAAGUGAAGUCAGUGGUUCACACACGGAGAGCAACAGUCAUAGCAGGAGGCUGAUGGACGACUUCCACAACAGGCCUGCUGGCGCGGCGGUGGCUCAGGACGGCUCCCCGGGACCCCCUAAUUUGCUGCUGGGGGGGGAGAGGGAGCGGCUGGGAGGGGCCGAACGGGUGAGAGAGGCGGAACGAGUCUCACCCAGCCCCCUGCCCCGCUGCUCCUCGACAGACACCGCCAGUGAGCACUCGGCCGAGCUGGAGGUGGUCGGCGACACACACAUGCACGCACACACUCACACACAGACAUCAGCACACACACCCUCUAGUCUCCCUGACGCACUGGCCGACGCCCUUGCCAAAGGGCUGAAGAACCAGCGUGUGCUUGCCCGCCUGCUCAGGAAGAGGAGUGAUGAGGAGGGAGGAGGGGAGAGGAGGGAUGGGGGAGGGAGUUUGGACUCGGUGUUCCGGGCUGGGGUGGUCCGUAAGGUCAGCGGCGAGUACGGAAGCCUGGAGGUGCAGCUGAACGGCGAGAAGACACUGUGCUGUUAUCCCUACCGACAUGAUAGCCCCCCAGGGGUGGUGGACAUUAUUCUAGACGCCCCGCCCCCUGGUUCCCAGCCUGUCCCUAUUGGCACCCGUGUCUGUGUGCCAUUUGGCAAUGAGGAGGGCAGUGAGGGACAGUGGCAGUGGUACAGAGAGGGCGUAGUGACGCAGGUGGACACACACCCAGCGGUGGCCAACGCAUACCGCGUGCUCCUGUCAGAGGACAGAGAGCCCCCUGCAGCCCAGGAGGGAGAUGGCAGGGUGACAGCAGGUGCUACGCAGGCUGUGUGGGUGUCCCGACAAACCCUCCGGCUCCUAGUACCGCCUUGGGACCUGGACCUGCCCUCUGGAGGUGGGAGAGAAGGGUCAGAGGGGGUCAGAGAGAAGGAAAGAGAACGGGAGGACAGAGAGGAGAUGGAGGUAGAGCAGGAGCUGUGUCGUCUGAGCCGGGGUAUGACACCUGGUGUGGGGUCCGUGUUGGGGCGGGGGCUGCCCUACCCAGGCAUGGUCCCUGCCUCCUCCACAUCUGCCUCCAGCAUUACCUCGCCAGUCACACCAGCCUCAGUCCUCACCUUGGCUCCUGGCCGAGACUGGGAGAUGGAGAAAGACCUGGAGAGGGAGAGGGAGCUUCAGAGGAAGCAGGAGAGGGAGAGAGAACGAGAAAGGGAGAAGAAUGCUCAACAACAGCAGCAACAACAUCAUCCAUACAUGCCACUGACCCCCGAAGAAGACAUGGAGGUGUCCCACUUCAACAUGGUUCCAAUGGGACCAAUCGUACCUGGGGCCAAACCCAUGGGGGUGCCCCAACACCGCCACAUCCUCUCAAAGCCCCCGCCCGGCUACCUCAGCUCUCACCUGUCUGUGGUGCGGGGCAUCGGGAUCCCACCCGCCCACCUGGCCUUGAACCCCCACGCCCCUCCUUCACCGGUCCUGCUGGGCCUGGACCCAGCGACAGCAGCAGUUGCAGCAGCCAGUGCUGCUGUUAUUACCACUCCCCAGCUCCCUCCGCUCCCUCCUAUCUCCUCUUCCACUGCUUCCUCCUCUAGAACAGAGAAGGCUUCAGGAGGAGGUUCUUCUGGGGGAGGAGGAGGUGGUGGUGGUGGGUCUGGUUCAGGUUCAACCUCCUCAUCCUCUUCUCGAUCUCGCACCCCACUGACAGCGGCCCAGCAGAAGUACAAGAAGGGUGAUGUUGUUUGCACGCCAACUGGCAUCCGCAAAAAGUUCAACGGGAAGCAGUGGAGGAGGCUGUGCUCCAGGGAGGGCUGCUCCAAGGAGUCACAGCGCCGGGGAUACUGCUCCAGACACCUCUCAAUGAGGACCAAGGAGAUGGAAGCCAGUGGAGGUGGCCGGGAGCGUGGAGGAGCCAGCAGCACAGGCACUCUGACUCCCUCAGACCUCCGACUGGGCGGGGGGAGAGCCAGCUCAGAGUUUGAUUGGGACGAGACAUCACGGGACAGCAGCGAGGCCAGCAGCCGAGGAGGAGACUCCCGCCCUCGCUUGGUCCUCUCCUCCCUCGUCCCUCAGGACCUCUCCCGCUUUGACUUUGACGAGUGCGAGGCAGCGACCAUGCUGGUCUCCCUGGGCAGUUCCCGCUCAGGCACACCUUCUUUCUCCCCCAUCUCCAACCAGUCACCCUUCUCCCCCACCCCAUCACCCUCACCAUCCCCUCUCUUUGGUGGCUUCCGCCCCGCCACCUUCAGCCCCAUUACCGCCCCUCCUUCGCUCACCCCACGGCGCCCCCGCCAGCUCAGUGGCACUAAGCUGGGCACGCCGGGCGCUGAGAGAGAGCGCCACCUCUCAGGCAUUGUACCCACCUUUCAGACCAACCUCACCUUCACAGUUCCCAUGAGCCCCAGCAAGAGGAAGCUUGACAGCCACCCGCCCCCUCCCUUGCCUGCAGCACAGGACUAUCAGACCAAGCCAGAGCAGCAGCAACUGGUGGGGAUAGGAGGAGGUGUGGUGGGUGACCCUGCUCUGGGUCUCAGCCCUGCCGCAUUCAGAGUCCUCUCCCCCCAGAGUCAGCCCACUACACCCUCAUUCCCCCGGCCACGUAGUGCUACCAGCAGGCCCCCAUCCUCUGCUGCCUCCACCCCUCCACCCAUGCUAGUCUCCCCCACUCCUCCCUCCCCGCUGCCUCAGGAACCCUCCCCGCGACGCAUUGUGCCGCUCCGUGACUCCCCAGUCAUUGUUCGUAACCCCGACGUCCCCCUGGCAAAGUUCUCCGAUGGCCCAUUAGGGAGGAGGGAGAGGAGCAGAUCCAGGGAGCACAGCCAGCCUCCUCACCUGGCGCCUCCAGUCCUGCAGGCCCCUGUCCCCAUCAAUGGGGCUACAACCAAUGGGGCUGUCCUCCUCCGCAACCCUACGUCCACACUGGUCCUGGUUGCCUCCAGCUCAUCCUUGACCCCAGCCACAGCAGGACACGCCGCCCUGUCCAGCCCUGCCACCCCGGGGUCGGUGUCCACCUCCACCGGCUCUGUUCUGUCGUCCUCUGGUUCUGAGGGCAGGGAGAGGGAGAGGAAGCCUGGGGGGCAUCAGGACGCCUCUGGAGGGGUGCUGCCACAGCCAGUAGCUUGCCAUCCCUCUCCGACUGCCCUGCUGCCACUCAUACUGCCAGCCGAGUCCCCUCACCCCGCCCCGCGAAAGGACAUCAUCAUGGGACGCCCGGGGACUGUUUGGACCAACGUGGAGCCUCGGUCGGUGCCAGUGUUUCCUUGGCAUUCAUUGGUCCCUUUCCUGGAGCCCAGCCAGUCAGGAGCAGCUGCCCAGCCUGCCGAUGGCCAACAGCUUGUCAAUCAGAGCAAAGAGCCUCGCUGUGGCGUGGCCCUGGUCAGUGACGGGCGGAGCGGCCCUCCAGACCUAGAGCGGGCAUCUCCGUCACGCCCUCCCCCGACCAGUGACAAUCCUCCUCCAGAAAGGGGCGGGGCUGACAGUGAGACAGAGAGCGAUACAGACGACCCGUUCUUCCCGGGUGUGGCCAACGAUCCAGCGCCCUCUACUGGCCCCAUCAAGCGACGCACACAGUCCCUCAGCGCCCUGCCCAAGGACGGAGACAGGAAGCGGGAGAAGGACCACAUCCGUCGUCCCAUGAACGCCUUCAUGAUCUUCAGCAAGCGUCACCGGGCGCUGGUGCACCAGCGACACCCCAACCAGGACAACCGGACCGUCAGUAAGAUCCUUGGGGAGUGGUGGUACGCUCUGGGCCCCAAUGAGAAGCAGCAGUACCACGACUUGGCCUUCCAGGUGAAGGAGGCUCACUUCAGAGCUCACCCAGACUGGAAGUGGUGUAACAAAGAUCGCAGAAAGUCGCUGUCAGAGGGUCGUGGGACCCCAAAGGAGUCACGGGAGAGGAGCAUGUCUGAGAGCACAGAGCCCCAGUCAGCAUCCCAGGCCCUGGAGGGGAAGGGAGUGGGGUCCGUUUGGCCAGGGGUGUCAGAGCGCCGAGCAGGGAUUCUGGGGGGGCAACACCCCCGUCCCCGAGCUCUAUCCCACAGCGCCGUGCACAACCUGGAGCGGAGGGAGAGAGAGAGAGAUGAGGAGAAGGAUGAUGGGGCGAGUUUGUUUCGUAGUCGCCCACCUCCUCCGUCCCUGUCCCAGCGUGGGGCAAGUGAGGAUAUAACCAGUGAUGAAGAGCGCAUGGUCAUCUGUGAGGAAGAGGGUGACGAUGAUGUCAUGGAGGAUUCAUGUCCCGAAGGCUCCAUUGACCUCAAGUGUAAAGAACGAGUGACGGACAGCGACGAGGAUGAGUCGGAUGGACAGCAUAGCUUCCAGCCAGUGGCUCGCUCCUCUCUCCCUUCCUCCUCCCCCUCCAUCCCUCACUCUGACUUCACCUCGGCUAAAGGGAGUGAUGCAGGAGGAGGAGGAACUGACGACGACAGGAGGAGAAAAAGGGGCAUGGAUGGUGGAGAGGAGGGGAGUGAUGGCGGAUCUAAAAGAGGAGAAGCAGCAACAGCUUCAGCAGUAGGAGAAGGAGGUGGAGGAGCUGGGCAGGUUGUCUCCCUGUCCAUCUCAGGCUCAACUUCCAGCUCCCAGGCUCCCCUCACUUUGGCACAACAAGGUCUGACCCCGGUUCUUGGCGCCGUCCGCAUGGCCUCCACAGUUGUAACCAACGUGGUGCGACCCAUCGCCAGCACACCCAUCCCCAUCGCCAGCAAGCCGGUGGAGGGAGCCGUCACCCUCGGUCCCCUCCCCCAGGACAAGAAAGCCACUCUUCUGAUUGGAGGAACCGGACCGCAGCAGCUGCCAAUCACCACAGGGGGUGGGUACCUGUCCUCAUCCUCCUCUCCCAGUCCAGUCAGUGUAAGUGCUGGUGGGGGCGGCGGAUUGGUCACUAGCCUAGUUUUGGGAGGGUCCUUCCCGGCUGCCCAGCCCGUGCAGCUCCUGACCCCUCAGCCCCACGUUCCCACCCCCCUCCCUCUGCUCCAGCCCCAGCUCCUCCCCACCGCUGCCGCCUCUCUCACCCCUCCUGCUGGCUCCAAGCCACUAGCGCAGGUCCAGUACCUCCUGCCCACCGACAGCCCCUCCUCCCCUCAGCUCACCCACCAGCCAGCCGGCAUCCUCUCACUCCCCUCCGCCCCGCCCACCAAUGCCUCCAUGGCCAAUGGCGUGCACUCAGGGGCGGGAGUCAUGUAUGCAUCAGUCAGCCCUGGAACCAGAGUCCAAGCCCAGUCUCCAGUCUUGCAGAGCAAGAUGUUGGUUCCCAUGGCAACAGUGAGAACGGGGUCUACUCCUCCUCAUCCUUCCAUUUCCCUUGUGGCUCCGCCUCUUCCUGUGCAGAACGGCCCCCCGACAGGAAACAAGAUCAUCCAGAUUGCCCCCAUGCCUGUUGUCCAGACCAACGUCCACCCUGGUGCUGCAGCCGCAGCAGUGCAUCCUGGGAGCCCCUUUCCUGUUUCCAUGGCAACAGUGAUGGCUCCGGUUGCUACUCCACCACAGACUGUUCUGCUGACCUCUCCUCCCACCAGGAUCACCUAUGUCCAGUCCAGCCCAGGGGUUACCACAGCAACAGCACAACAGGCGCCACCCCCUCCAGGCCCCGCCUAUCUCCCAUCACCCUUGACAACCCUGGGCUUCACGGCCAUUGCCCCAGCUGGUCAAACCCUGGUCCAGCCAAUUGUUGCCGCUGGUCAACCACCACUGCUGGCUCCAGCCCCGCCCCUCAGCUGUCAAUCUCAGACCCCUGCACAGGCCCCGGCAACCAGCAGUCGUCAGGUGCUAACUGCCAUCUACCCUGCAGCAACUGUUGCCCUGGCAACGGGCGUGGUCUCCGUGACAACCAUGCCACCUGCAGCGGCAACGCCAGCACAGGGCACAGUAAACCCCUCGUCUCCAUUGGCGAUGGGGGUGCAGGGGUCAGUGGUGGCGCCGCCUCAGCCCAGCGUGGCAGUGGAGGUGGAACAAAAGGUGGAGGUGAAGAGGGAGAGCCAGCCAGAGGCUCAGACUGAGGCUGGAGGACAGGCCACGCCCAGCAGUGGUGCUAACUCAUCAGCAGCCGCCCCCAGGAGCAAUGCCACCACAGCAGACAAAGAAGAGGAUUGUGGUCAGCACAUCAAAGAGGAAAACCUGAAUGAUGGACACAGCAGAGAAAGAUGGAGUGAGAUGGAUGGGGAGCGGGAGAGAGGGAUAAAGAAGGAGACCAGUGAAAAGAAGAGAAGCAGAGAGACAGAGAGAGAGGACCACAGCAUGAGCGACAGCAGCAGAGAGGCUGGACCUCGUUCACCUCCUCCCCCACCCUCAGGGUUGGACCCCCCUCUUCCUCCUCCCCCUGCAGAUAGAGACUCCGCCUCUUCCUCCAAGAAGACUAAGUUCCGCCCCCCACCACUCAAAAAGACGCCCGACUCUGUUGACAAGGUCCUGUCAGGGUCCUACUUCGAGGAGCGCUUUGCUGAGCUUCCAGAGUUUAAACCAGAGGAGGUCCUCCCCUCGCCAACCCUGCAGAGUCUGGCUACCUCACCAAGAGCCAUCCUGGGAAGCUACCGCAAGAAGAGACGCAGCUCCACCGAGCUGGAGCAGGCAGCAGAGGACCCCAGCUCCCCGAGGAGGAAGACUCGUCGUCUGUCCAGUUGCAGCUCCGAGCCCAACACCCCCAAGAGCGCCGCCAAGUGUGAAGGAGACAUCUUCACCUUCGACAGAACAGGCUCAGAAGCAGAGGAUAUGCUGGGAGAGCUCGAUCGGGUUCCUUACUCUUCUCUGCGCAGAACACUGGAUCAGCGCCGGGCUCUCGUCAUGCAGCUCUUUCAGGAACAUGGCUUCUUCCCAUCAGCCCAGUCCACCGCUGCCUUCCAGGCACGGUACUCGGACACCUUCCCCACCAAGGUGUGCCUGCAGCUGAAGAUCCGUGAAGUCCGCCAGAAGAUCAUGCAGACGGCCACGCCAGGAACCUGUGAGCCCGGAGUGAUGGCUGACAUCAACGCCACUCUGUCCCACAGCUCCUCUUCCAAUCAGCAGGCCCGGGAGGAUGGAGGGGCGGAGCAGCAGGCAGAUAAAGGGCGGAGCCCCGAGGAACCGAGAAGUGAAGGAUCAUAGGCCGGAGAGCGUGGAGAGAAUGGGAAAGUGGAAAAAAAGAGUGUGUCAUUCCCACAGCAUGUUGUUAUAUGUGUUGAACCAGGACUAUGGAUGGCUCCAGCGGAACCGAUCUACUGGCACUAUUUCCCACCAGACCUGGGCAAAAAAAAAAAAAAAAAAACAUUUGAAUACGGCCACACAUAUUCAAACUACUCGGGGUGCGCUUGAUUUGUCUCAUCAGACAUUUAAGAAGCCUCAAAAGUGGAUGAGUCACUUGCAAGACAUGAUGAGUCAAGUGCUCCUUGUUUUUGUUUUCUGACCCCCCCUGCCCCCACCAAGUAUCUCAGAUUAUUUUCAGCUGAUAGUUUGCCCAGGUCUGCUUUCAGCACAUUUGUACAGUAGCUCGUAGUUUGACACACAGACUCUGUGGUACACAUUCUCUGUCUCUCUAACACACACAGAUACACAUUAAUACAUACACAAACACAUACACAAAAAAAAACAUUGUGCAUAUGUAAUCUCCAGCAUGCACAUGAUUCUACAUACACAUUCAACACACACAUACACACACACACACACACACGCACACACAAAUCCUUACCAAAACAGACUGUUACUCUUGGUUGGCAGUCCCCAGGAGCUGCCACCAAGGACCAUUAUACACAAAGGCACUUUGUCACUUAUUGUGCAGAUGCAGUUUGCUGUUGCCAGCAGCCAGCCAGCCCUCAGAUGCCAUUGACUUGACCUCCUUCUCCCCUUCCACUCCUCAGCACAGUGGUCGGGACACAAAUACAACCCCAAUGACCUCCACUGAUAUUCCACAGCCCCUCGAUGCUGCAAGACAGACAGCACAUACACACACAUACACAUACAGAAACACACACACACACACACACACACACACACACACAGAUAGUCAACCCUGGUCUGACCAAGCCAUUGGCCUGCACAGUUUUUAGUGAUUGUAGUAAGAAAAAAAAAGACAGACAAACUCAAGCAUGAAUACUAUUUGCUCCCGAAAAAUAAAAAGGAGGCGGGAGUUGGGACUAAGUGUGACCAAUCUUUGCACCUUCAGUUAUUGCCAUUUUGACAGACCGAGUCCUCAUUGGCUGGAGCUGAUGAUGUACUGUAUGUCUGUAUGUAUGUCGGGGCCCCCCCCUCCUCUAAUCCUGUGUGGACAGGCACCGUAAAGAGAUUACUAUGUAAAGACUGUUGGUUAUGAGGCUUGCAAAGUCAAUGUUUUGCUCACCACUGACUAGCUCCAGACAGAGCACAGAGAAAAGGCAGAAGAAGAAGUGGAAUGAUGUUCAUUGGCUGGAAGAUUUGAUGUCCACCAACAGGAAGACAGAUAACAAUAGUGAAUAAGGACAACAACAACACAAACUUAUCAACUAGAGAGCAAAAGUAGAAUUUUUAACCAAACUUCUCGGAAUCACCCAGUGGAUAUGAUGUUGCUUUCUCUUGUUAUCGUUGCCGUGGAAAUAACCAGUUUUACCGUGGCCUGUUUUUCUCUUGUGGCUCUAUGGUGUUUCUUCUCCAGCAUAAAAAAACAAACAAAAAAACACAACAAAAAAAUCACAACAAAAAAACAAAAAAGGGGACAAAGUCAGUCUGUGGCCCCCCCACUUAUAAUUGUAAUCGGGGCUGUUCGCCCCCUCCCCUCCCCUACGAUUUUUCUCACCAGACACAGCGGAGUGGGGUGGGGGUAGGGGGAGCGGGGGCCUGUCGUUUUGUAAAAACGUUGAAAUCAGGUGUUUGCACAAUUUGUGCGGCCCCUCUCAUCUGGGGACGCCGCAAGUUAAAUCAGGAAAGUAUUGUUUUUAGAGAUUGUUUUAGUAGAAAAAAAUAAUAACCUUGUUCCGUAUGUUAUCAACCACCUUUUUCCUCCCCUUGUCCUUUCCGCCUCUCUUUCCUUGCAGUCCUUCCCUCCCUUCCUGCUCCUUUCCCUUCACCUCCACACCUUCAGCUUCACCCUCUCAAGUGUUGUUAGAAAGUGCCCUUAAGCACUGGUCCGGGGUCAAGCGCUAUGUAGCUCAGGAUGGUUCUGGUUAGGGUUAGUUCAGGGAAAGCAGAUCCUAGACCAGCCCUGGAGGGCAGUCUCUGGAGCCCUCCCCUCUUCCCUCUCUUCUCGACACUUUAUCCUUUCCCAUAAAAUGGUGCAAUAGGACAUUUAUUUUUUGGAAAUGGGUGGGUUAUUUUGUUUUCGGGAGAAGGCUCUGUGCCAUAGAUAUUAAACCCAGUGCAGUCAGUCAGUCAGAGGAAUGAGCUGUUGUGAUACUAUCUGUAACUAUGGUUUAAAAAAAAAAAAAAAAAAAAGAAUCACGCAAUUGUUGUCAUUGUUGAAGAGAUAGAGAGCAUAACUUACUAAAAGUCAAAGACAAAUUUUUGAAUAGCACUUUUUGGCUCUUUGCUUCCUUGGUGAAGAGUUGGGGUAGUUAUUAUUAUGGGUAUCUUUUAUUUCUCUGUAUACAGUUGGAUGUGUGAAAAAUAUAUAUAUUUCCAUAUAUGUGCAUAUAGGUCUGUGUGUGUGUGUGUGUAUGUUUUGGGCACAUGCAGGUAGUGUGUUGACAUGACCAACCUCUUGUUCCUUCACCAUGCAACGUUAUCAAUAUAUUUUUCCUUCCUCGUAUUCUACAUUCUAUAUUCUUCUCCAGAGGCAGUAUUUUUAUAGUCACUAUGACUAUUUUGUCCGCCAUCUUGACUGUUAUCAAACCGAGUUGAUUCAGGAUAUAUAUAAGAUAUAUAUUCAGGAUAUAUAAUGCAUAUAUACAAAUACACAGGUAAUAGAAGACUAUCAGUUCACAUUGCUUUGGGGUUAGGUUUGUAAUGUGUCCAUCUGCAUGCAUGUGCAAUCACAUGUGCGUGCACUCACACACACGUACACACACACACACACAGACAUACGUACAUACACACACGUAUGCGUGUACACUGUAUGAUUGUGCUUAAAAAUAAACUGUCCUUACUUUGGAGAAGGAGUUUUAGGUUGAGCGAGGUGAGUGUUAUCUCAUAAACAGGCAUGUUGACCAUGUGCAAUAUUUCUAAACAACAAAAAAAACUAAAUAUUGAAAAUAUUAAAGACCUAACACAA